AUGCCGCGUGUGAAUCUGGCGAGGCUAAAGACAGGGGCGCUUCCACGUAAUAAUGCGGCGAGCACUCAGUCACGCUGUCAGGCUAGGAUCUCCACAUUCUUCAGCACUAAAAGAACAGAUGAAGAAGAUGAUGAAGCGCARAGACAACUUUUAUCUCGUAAGCGAAUUUCAAAUGAAUCUACAAGUCCUCAAGAUAACAAAAGGCAAAAACUUUCAUCUGCAAUAGUAAUAGAAAAUAAUAACGAUGCCCCAAACAACAACACUUUAUCUUCUACCACACUGACUAAACUGAAAAACUUUGAAAAAGGAUCAAAAUACUUUGCUGGAAAAGAUGAAGAACUUCAAGAAUCCAAAAUGCACCAUGUUUCUUUGGAAGAAMAGAAMAUUGAAAAAGAAGCUGAUUGCAUAAUUAUUGAUGAUGAAAUGAAAUCACCUGAAUUUAAUAUUAGUAAUUUUUUAAGAGAAGAAGGUCCACUGUCAAAAGCAAUGUCRCCAAGUGCUUCUGAGAAGCCAGCAAAACCUGUGAAUCAAAAAACUAAGAGCCCAUAUACUCCUUUAGAACUACAGUUUAUGGACAUCAAAUCAAGAUACAAGGAUGCUAUUCUUUUUGUGGAGUGUGGAUAUAAGUACAAGUUCUUUGGUGAAGAUGCUGAGAGACAAGAUAACACCAUUCGAAUUGAAGAAAUUUCGAGACAACAAUUUGUCCAUGAUGAGGCAUUGAAGAUCAUCACAAGCUUUACUGAAGAAACCAAAAACGAUGAAACAAGUGAAGCGAAAAUUAGUGAUUCUGAAGAAAAUCAUGACCUUUUAGCAGAUGCUGCCUKUGAAAAUACAUUAUUACAACGUAUCAUAAAUCUUCCAAGAACAUCGCAGAUUUGCUUUGCCACUCUCAUUGAAUAUCUUAGAGAUUUCAAGCUUGAAAAAGUCAUGAAGCUCUCAAGUAAUUUUGUUAGAUUUUCAACUGAGGCAAGAUGUAUGAAAUUAAAUGGUUGUACUGUCRGAAAUCUGGAGAUAUUCAAGAAUGAGCGUGGUGAAGAACAAGGUAGUUUAUUUUGGGUUCUCAACCAUACAAGAACCAGCUUUGGCAAGAGAUUACUAAAGAAAUGGGUCUCACAACCUCWGCUUGAUCCUAAGGAGAUUGAAUCAAGACAGCAAAGUAUUUCAGAACUUCUGUCCACCGAAAUUCAAUGCCUUCAAAAGCUAAAAUCCUUACUCAGCUCUCUUCCUGACCUUGAGAGAGGGUUGUGUAGUAUUUACUCUAAAAAGUGUUCCACAAAGGAAUUUGUCACCAUUGUAAAAGCACUUAUCAACUUAUCAGACAUGUUGGAUUCUGCUAAAGAUGUUGCAUCAAAGGAACUGUCCUCCACUCUACUAUUCAGGACAUUUGGGGAGGUUCCAGAUUUGCUGAAUGGAACUCAAACAUUCUUGAGGAUGAUYGAUGAAAGUGCAGCAAGAACUGGAGAUAAAACAAAGAUAUUUAAGGAUUUAACUCAUUUCCCUGAUAUUCUAAAGUGCAACCAGGAGAUUCAGAGAAUAACUGACGAGCUUAAAUCUCACCUCUCAACAAUACAACAAACUCUACAAAAUCCUUCCAUGGACUACUGCUGUGUGUCAGGCUGUGAAUUCCUUAUUGAGGUUCGUAAUGCUAAACUGAGUACAGUUCCAGCAGACUGGACCAAGAUUAGCUCGACAAAACAAGUUACUCGAUUCCGAACACCGUUUGUCGAGGAGCACUACAAGUUGCUAUGCCAACAGAGAGAGCUUCUGUCACGUGUUUGUAACCAAGCUUGGCUGGAUUACCUGGACAUGUUUAACCAAAGCAACACUCGUUACCACAAGGCAAUUCGACUUGUUGCAAUCACUGAUUGCUUGAUGUCCUUAGCAACUGUUGCUAAGCAGCCUGGAUAUUCUCRGCCGAUAAUCAAGAAUGAUGCUGAAGCACAGGUAUACAUCACGCAAGGCAGACAUCCAAUCUUAGACACACUUCUGUCGGAGAACGAACAGUACGUUCCUAAUGACACCAAACUAAAGGGUGAUGCUACUCGGUGUAUGAUCAUCACUGGUCCAAACAUGGGAGGCAAAAGCUGUUACAUCAAACAAGUAGCUCUUAUUGCAAUUAUGGCACAGAUUGGUUCAUAUGUCCCUGCUGAGCACACAGAACUAACACCACUCGAUGCAAUUCAUACCAGGAUGGGAGCUUCGGACAACAUCUACAAGUGCCAAAGCACGUUUAUGGUUGAAUUGCAGGAGGCAUCACGCAUUCUUCACCAGGCCACAUCUCGUUCUCUCGUCAUUCUGGACGAGCUGGGACGGGGUACGAGUACACAUGAUGGYAUAGCAGUAGCGUAUGCAACUCUCCAACACAUUAUCUCAAAGGUUGGCUGUUUGACGCUUUUCGUGACUCAUUACCCCAACCUCGCUGAGAUCGAGAAAUCCUACCCUUAUCACGUGACCAAUAGUCACAUGGCUUUUAUGACGUCAAACGAUGGUUCCUCAGAAGACACCGUUCAGGACGACUGUAAUCUCAACGACUCAAGCCCUCCAGUGACUUUUCUAUAUAGGCUUGUUCAGGGUGUCGCUCAACGAAGUUAUGGACUGAAUGUAGCCCGACUCGCGGGAAUCCCUAGGGAUAUUCUCGAGAAAGCGACCACGAAAUCUCAUGAUUUGGAAAUUGAAAUCACGAGUAAGAGAUGGAGAAGAAGACUCUUUAAGAAGACUUGGUUCUCUGCAAGUGCGAGUGAUUUUAGACAACACAGCAAGUCAGUAAACCACAAGUAAAUAUACUUGAACGAUUCAGUUGUGCAGGAUUCUUUUGGGGGGAGGGGGGCUAAGGUUUUUAUUCAGUUUUGUGUUUUGUUAUGUAGGAUAUUUUACAGGGAAAUAGGGCCUUAAUUUUUAGUGGGGGAGAGCUAAAAUGAAAAUCGAGUCUUAAACGCAAUUAUCAAACUGCAGCGUUGUUAAAAACAUAACUUUUCUUAUGUGUCCUGUACUUUGCUAGAACAGGAAGGUAGAUGAAAAUCUCUAGCGGAAAAGCGAUUUAUCACAUAUAUAAACCACAUACAUUUAGUGUUUUAUGCGUUUAUCGAUUCUUGCUUCUGCAUGGGUCACAAAUAUAAAUGCUUCAUCCGUU